AAUCCCCCGGCCGCACACCGGCGGCAGCAGCGGCACCGACACCAGCGACACCAGCGAACGCUAGCAGCAGCAGCGGCGGCAGCGGCGUCAGGAGGAGCAGGAGGAGGAGGUGGAGCAGGAGGAGGUGGUGCGCUAGCUCCCGCUCAGAGAGAGAGAGAGAGAGAGAGGGAGUCGUCUGAAGGCUUGGGAGGUUCCGUUUGCACACAGCAGACUUUUCAUAGGGCUGCCUGCCCCUCAGCGGGAUCAGUCAGGGCAAAGUACACACAGAGAGUGCUCAGUACUCUCUCUCUCUACUUCUCUCUCAUCUCAGAUCUCUUCCAGCUUAGCCUGCACUGAGAGGAUCUACAACUUUUUUUCCCCCCUUGUCCCCACACCCCCUCUCCCCAUCAACCUUCUGUGUUGCUGCUUUUCCUCCACAGAACUUUUUUGGGGAUUUUUUUUUUUUUUUUUUUUUCUGGACAUAUUUAUUUUUUGUUGCCAGUGUUACUCUGCCUGAAGGACUACUACAGCUGCGCACCAACCCCUCACCCCCGCCUCAGCCCGCCACCGCGACCCGGCACCAUCACCCAUCGAGUCCUGCGGGUAAAGCGCACAGAGGAGCCGAUCCACACGCGCCUCCCCUUCCCUCCCGCCGCAGCGCACAGAGGAGCCGAUCCACACACGCGCCUCCCCUUCCCUCCCGCCGCAGCGCACAGAGCAGCCGAUCCACACAUGCCGCGAUGGAGGAGGGAUACGAACUUGACCUGACCUACGUCACGGAGCGCGUCAUCGCCGUGUCCUUCCCCCGGGGCUGCUCGGAGGGGACCUACCUGCACAACCUGCAGGACGUCACGCGCAUGCUCCGGUCCAAGCAUGCCGACAACUACCUGGUCAUUAACCUGUCAGAGAGGAGAUACGAUCUCACCAAGAUGAAUCCCAAGACCCUGGACAUGGGCUGGCCCGACCUUCACGCCCCUCCGCUGGAUAAGAUCUGCACCAUCUGCAAGGCCAUGGAGAACUGGCUCAACGCCAACGCCCAGCACGUGGUGGUCAUCCACUGCAGGGGUGGAAAAGGCCGGAUCGGAGUGAUCAUCUCCUCCUACGUGCACUUCACCAACAUCUCAGCCAGUGCGGAUCAGGCCCUUGACCGUUUCGCCAUGAGGAAGUUCUACGACGACAAAGUUUCCGGUAUAAUGACGCCAUCACAGAAGCGGUAUGUGUGGAUCCUCCACAGCCUUCUGACUGGAGCUAUGAAGAUGAAUCCCUCCCCUCUCUUCCUGCACUACGUCGUCCUGCAUGCAGUGCCCAAUUUUGACAGCAACGGAGUCUGUCAGCUGUAUCUGAAAGUCUACCAGGCCAUGCAGGCCGUUUACACAUCAGGAAUUUACCACAUUGGACCGGGACAUAAAAGCAGAGUUUGCAUGGCCCUGGAGCCAGCCCAGAUGCUGAAAGGAGACAUUAUGAUUAAGUGUUACCAUAGAGACGUGCGUGUGCCCAGCCGGGAGGCGGUGUUCCGUCUCCAGUUUCACACGGGCGCGGUCCAGGGCCGCAGCCUCGUCUUCCAGAAGAGCGACCUUGAGCACGCCAACAGCGAUCCCAGAUUUUUGGAUUACGGGAAAGUGGAGCUGGUGUUUUCGGAAAGUCCGGAGAAGAUACAAGGCUGCGACCGCUGGCAGAACGGGCCGGACGUAACCGUGGACUACAACACCGCCGACCCGCUGAUCCGAUGGGACUCCUACGAGACCGUCCCCUCCGAAGCAGAAGUGCCGCACGCCCAGGGCCCGGUUGAUGGGAGUCUGUACGCCAAGGUGAGGAAGAAGAGCGUGGACGGAGCGCCGCCGGUGACCAGUAGCCCCGACCACAGCGAGCACGCCCUGUCCACGGGCAGCGAUUCGGGCCACUCCAGCGCCUCCCUGUGGACCAAGCGGGGCCCCAGCCGGCAGGAGCGGGCCCAGCUGAAGCGCCUGCUGAGCGGCAUCGGGCUGGACGCCGACCCCGAGCCCCCGGGCGGCAUGGCGGAGCGCAAGGCCCCUGCGGCGGCGGCGGCGGCGAUGGCGGAGGGGGGCGGGGUCCUGCACGUGGUCCCCGCCCAGGUGCACGUGAACGGCGGCGCCCCCGGAGCCCGGGAGCGCGAGACGGACAUCCUGGACGACGAGGUGGCGUCGCACGACCUGCGGAGCGCGGACAGCAUCGGCACGCUCUCCUCCUCCGACGGGCCCGGCUCCCACCGGUUCGGCUGCCACAAGAGCAGCCAGAACUCGCUGCUGUCCGACGGCUUCGGCUGCCCCCCGGGAGAGGACCCCCACGCGCCGCUGGGCGCGGCCGAGGACUACGAGCGCGUCUUCGCCGAGCCCAAACCCAGGGGCCCCGCCCCCGGCCCCCAGACCGCCUCCCCCAAGCCCCAGGACUUCGGCCAGGGGAGCUACUCCACGCACACCUGGGUGCGGCAGCAGCAGAUGGUGGCCGCCCAGCAGUACCCGUACCUUCCGGCCGAAAGCGAGGCCGGCUCCCCCAGAGCGGCCGCAGUCGUGCAGGCGCCCACCAGGGGGCGCAGCAGCGCGGAGGCGGUGCAGAGGGCCAGGAGCGUGGAGCCGCCGCCGCCGCCGGCUUCCCCCGGCAGGGAGGACGAGCUCACGGCGCUCGCCGUGGACAUCGACGAGUCCAUCGACCAGCUCAAUCAGCUGAUCAUGGACCUGGACCCCACGUUCGUGCCCAUUCCCACGCGCUCAAACUCGGUCAAGAAGGAUGGGAGGGGCCACGCGAACGGACCCGCCUCCGUCUGCACCAACGGCGUGAGCCGCAUGCACAGUACGGAGGACGUGCAUCCCAGCAUGCACCAGUCAGUGGGAGUGACCGGUGAUGUCAUAGUGGGAGGGGACAGGACCCGGAGCCUGAGCCGGCAGGGCAGUGAUGUCACAGACCACCCAGGGUUCCGGACUCCGGGGUGGAGCACCCCAGAGAAGUUCCAGAAUUCGCCGCUCUACACGCCCGGCCUGACGCCCUCCGAGAGGGGAAUCCUGUACCGGAGUGACAGUGUGGGGUACAGGGGACACUCUGAGGACCUGGACUGCAGGGUGGAAGCGGGCAGCGACGCGGUCCCCCCCACCCCCGCCUUCCCCGUCUCCCCCCCGACGCCGUACGUGCAAAACAUGGCGGAGUUCUGCAUGGCGAAGGCCUCAGCCCAGCCUGGCGGACGCUACGAGGCUUACCGGACGGCGCACGAAUCCCGGAGUUACAUGGAGAACAUAAACCACACGCCGGGCUCCACGGACGGGGACCUCUUCUGCUCUGAGGUGUCGGUCACCCCCACCUCGUGCCAGAGACCGUUUGGGUCGAUACGCGCCGUGACCACCAGCAGCCCCCUAUCACAGGUCGACAGCCCUUCUGCGGGACAGCCGUGGCAGGACGGUGCCGCCAAGCCCCCCCUGAAUCACCAGUACACCCCCCACUACCCCGGCCCCCUGGACUACCCCAGAGUGGGCGGGGGCUCGGACGGCCAGCACUCCCCCCUGCUGUCCCACCCCGCCCCGAACUGCCACAGCUCCCCCAGGGGGGGGUCCCGGAGCCAGGGCAAGGCCGCCCUGAACCUCCCCAGCUUCGAGGAGCAAGAGGACAGCGGACUGGGCCCGGGACCCCUGGACCUGUCCUCCCUGCUGGAGGGGGCCGGGCUGGAGCGCAGCCUGCUGGCGGCCGUGGACGGGCUGGGUCGCAUGGGCCUGGGGGGCGCGCAGCCGCCCCUCCCCGAGAAGAAGAGGGUGUCGGAGGGCGAUCAGUCGCUAGGGUCCCGCUCGCCGUCGCUCAGCGGAUUCUCCAGCCCAAACAGCGGCAGCACCGUCAGCAUCCCCUUCCCCAACACCCUGCCCGACUUCUCCGCCCGCGUCCUCAGCGCCUCCUCGCCCCUGCCAGAUGCGUGCGCCAGCAAGCAGGAGACCGUGAAGUUCGUGCAGGACACGUCCAAAUUUUGGUACAAGCCGGACAUCUCCAGAGACCAAGCCAUCGCCGUGCUCAAGGACAAAGAGCCGGGCUCCUUCAUCGUGCGGGACAGCCACUCUUUUCGGGGGGCCUACGGGCUGGCCAUGAAGGUGGCCACGCCCCCGCCGUCCGUCCUGCAGCAGAGCAAGAGAGUGGGAGACCUGUCCACUGAGCUGGUCAGACACUUCCUGAUCGAGUGCACGCAGAAAGGAGUGAGACUGAAGGGCUGCCCAAACGAGCCUUACUUCGGGAGCCUCACGGCGCUGGUCUGUCAGCACUCCAUCACCCCGCUAGCUCUGCCCUGCAGGCUCAUCAUCCCAGACCGAGAUCCUCUGGAGGACAUCGUAGAGUCGCCUGCACAGUCAGCCACAAACUCCGCUACAGAGCUUCUGAAGCAGGGAGCAGCCUGUAACGUGUGGUUUCUGGGCUCGGUGGAGAUGGAGUCUCUCACGGGCUCCCAGGCGGUCCAGAAGGCCGCCAGCGUGACUCUGGCCAUGGACCCGCCCCCCACGUCCACGGUGGUCCACUUCAAAGUGUCCGCGCAGGGCAUCACCCUCACCGACAACCAGAGGAAACUCUUCUUCCGGAGGCACUACGCAGUCAACACCGUCAUAUUCUGUGCUCUGGACCCACAGGACAGGAAGUGGAUGAGAGAUGGCUGCACCUCUGCAAAGAUUUUCGGGUUCGUGGCGAGGAAGACGGCGAGCGGGACGGAGAACGUGUGCCACCUGUUCGCCGAGCACGACCCCGAGCAGCCGGCCAGCGCCAUCGUCAACUUCGUCUCCAAGGUGAUGAUCGGCUCCCAGAAGAACAAGUAGGACUGCCACCCCCCCCCCCAACGCCCCCCCCCCAAAAAAAAACACCAACCGGCUUCAAUCGGUGGGUCGAAGAGACACUGCCACAGGCGUGCGUAAAUGCUGACGGUCCCUGGGAGGAGAGAAAGAAGGGUGGCAUCUUCGCCAUUAGAUGCACGAGAGAGAAGAGAAGAGAAGAGUCUGCUCCUAAACCAUCGGACGCAGGAGAACGCCCAGCAGACCGGUGAGAUCUUUCCUAAAAGGGACCCUCCGCAGGACGCAGAGAGGGAAUUUAGCGUCACGUCUAAUGUGUAUUUAUUUGCUGGAGAGGGGUGAAAUAAAAGCAUGCACGUCUACACUGACUGCAGGGUUCAUAGUAAAACUCACAUUGCAUUUCCAUUUAAGGCUCACAGAUUAGGCAUUAAGUUGGACGUUAAAUUGGUUUCAUGAGCAACAAUGGUGACCCAAAUUUUUUAAAAUACUGCAUUAAAACAUUUUCAAUUUUUUUUUUUUUACUGUAGUGUACCAUGGAAAAAUAAAACAAUAACCGAGGAGUAUUUCUGUAUUUGAACCCUAAUAUAUUUUAUUACAAGAUGAAAUUAUUUCCUUUACAGUGAUUUGAGAAGUUCACGUAGAAAUAGAUAUUGACGAUAACCCUUUAUGAUAAAUGGAAUUAUAUAGUGUGCUAUUUAUAUAAAGCAUAAUUUGCCUUUUAACAAGUUUGUAUCAGCCACAAUAUUUAUCAUUAUUCCCAUGUGUAUAAUUCUUUUAUAAAAAAUACAUAUUCAAUAUUAUGUUUUGUAUAUUUACAGUUCAUCAAAGUGAUGAAAAACAUGAAAAAAACUGUGCUGUUUGGUGGAAACGUUCUGCGAUUUGUUCGCUAUACUCUAAUAACCGUAUUUACUACAACGCAUUCCUAACCAAAGCAAGGUAGGCUGUAAUAAAUGGUUUAACCCUCAGUAUAUGCAAACUGGUUUGUAACUUAAAGCUACCCCUACUAAUGCAGACAAAUUUUGACCUGAUGGACAGUUCAUAAUGAACAUACAUUUGUACAGCUGAGUAACAUGACAAUGAAAGUCUUUUUUAAUACAUUUCAGAGGUAGUAAUAUUGCAGGUUAAAUAUAUAUAUAUAUAUUUUUGGACCUUAUUUCCUUAAGAACAUUGUAAAAUAUAGGUUUCCCAAUAGAAUCUAUAUACUUGAUGCAUUUUCCAUAUUAUGUUUAAGUUUGGACAGGAACUAUGAAGUGUUUUUUCUUUUUUUUAAAGAAAAACAAUGAACCCUCCCUGUUAAAGCUGCAUUUGUCCUGUGUUGGUGUUUAUUUUGCCUUGUGUGUGACAUGAAUAUCCUGUAAAAAGAAAACACACACAUAUGUAUUUGUUUUGUAAAUUAAUGCUGUAUAGUUAUUUCUUAUACCACCUGCGCAUUUUCAAAUUACAAUAAAACUCAUUCACAAGA